AUGGGCGUUGAUGCGCAACUGGUGGGCAAUGCGCUAUUGCUGGCGCUGAUGUUUGAUGCGUUGAGUGAUCCGCUUAUCGGCUACUUCUCUGACAACUUCCAUUCCCGCUGGGGCAGACGUCAUCCCUUUAUGUACUUCGCUGCCGUACCAGUCGCUGUUUCUUACUACUUUUUGUGGAAUCCGCCCGCUGAACUGGCAGGCAAUGAGCUGUUUCCCUAUAUCGUUGUGAUGGCUGUUUUUAUACGUACCCUGAUAACACUCUACGAGAUUCCGAGUUCUGCACUGGUUGCGGAAAUGACCACGGACUAUGACGAGCGUACCAGCAUGCUCAGCUACAGAUACUUCUUUGGCUGGUCUGGCGGCACGCUGAUGAGCUUUUUUGCACUGACGUUCCUGCUUGUGCCAACCGCGGCGACCAGCAACGGCAUGUUCAACGUCGAAGGUUAUGGGCAGAUGGGCCUGGUGGCGGCGAGCGUGAUGUUUUUUGCCAUCAUGGUGUCCGCGUUAGGCACGCACCGAUUUAUUCCGCACCUGAAUGCACCGCCGCCGAAAGAAAAGAUGACCAUUAAGCGUAUUUACAGUGAUUUGUGGGCCACACUGGCUAAUCGAUCGUUUCUCUCACUGUUUCUGGCCGCGUUGUUUGGUGCCGUCGCGACCGGGCUGGCCGCGGGUUUGUCGUUUUACCUGAAUACGUUUUUCUGGGAAUUCACCAGUGCCCAACAGGGCAUUAUUGCCAUUUCCGUAGUGUUGUCCGCGGUCAUCGGAUUUCUGGUAGCACCGUAUGUGUCUCGAACCAUGGGCAAGAAGCGCGGCACCAUCAUUAUAGGUAUUCUGGCAUUCAGUAUUUCACCCAUGCCUGUACUGCUGCGCCUGUUUGAUCUGAUGCCCGCCAAUGGCGAUGCCCUGUUAUUCCCCGUGAUUCUGGUGGUGACGAUUGUUGAUGUGGGGCUGAUUAUUACCUUCCAGACAUUGAUGGCAUCGAUGAUUGCCGAUCUUGUCGAGGCCAGUGAAGUGAAAACCAAACGUCGCUCAGAAGGGGUGUUCUUUUCCGCAAUCAGUUUCACCAGGAAAAUGGUGCAAGGUGUGGGUGUGGUUGUUGCCACGUUCAUCCUGACGCUGGCAGAGAUUCAGCCGGGUGCAACGCCGGAUGAAGUCAGUGCCGAGUCGCUGUUCAAGCUAGGUGCUUACUAUGCACCAACAAUCUUUUUCGUCUGGAUGAUUAUGAUCGGUUUCAUCACGUUGUAUCGUAUUGACCGCAAGACACACGUCGAUAACCUGAAAGAGUUAGGACGUGCCUGA